CCCCGUAAGGCCGUGGACAAUAAUCAGUGAUUUGCAUCGGAAUAAAACGAUGCUAUAGUAUCUUGCACCCAUCCUGCAAUCAAGAGAUCAUCCUUUCGAGCAACUGACGAAACAUUCAGCUAGUGGAAUGGCCAAGAGAUCUCAAGGAAGCUUGAUAUUUUCUAAAAAUGUCACGCUACUUAAGAGUAGCGAAUGUGCAAAAGAUGGCAAAUUUUUGAUGCCGAAUACCAUAGACAUUGCAAAACUGAAAAAGUUAGAGACUGGACAGUACAAAAGAAAUGUCGAGUUUUCUAUAAGUAUGUCAGACUUAAUGGUGAGGCAAAAACUACAAGAAACAUUCUCCUCAUUCGACCUGAGUGGAAGGUUUUAUUGUGCAUCUUAUGGUCAUGAUAGCCUUGCAUUUAAGUUUCAUGGUGAGCCCCGUGUCUGGGAUGGAAAGACAAUUAGAAGGCACGUGAGGGGAAAUUCAGCUCUUUACGUUCUUUUAGAGGAUGAUCAGUCGUCAAUGGUAAAUGAAACCCGAAUGGAAACAUUUGAAACAAACCAAUUGCCCGAUCAAGCUGAGACCAUCGCCUCGCAAAAUGGAAGCAACAACGCACAGCCGUGGGAACAACAGAUGACAGUGGUGAAUGAAUCUCCUAUGGAAAUUGUUGAAACAAACCAAGUGCCCAAUCAAGCUCAGGCCAUCGCCUUACGAAUUGAAAAUACCAACGUACAGCAAUGGGAACAACUAUUACAGAUAUCUGACAGUUCAGAUGGAUAUGUUUCCUCCUUAGACGAGUCUUCAUCCAGUGGAUUGGGAGGAGAAAUUUCCGAAGAUGAGAGGGCUCUAGUGACAUGGGUAGAAGACUAUUACCCUCACAAAGUGAAUAUCAGGCCAAAUUCAAGUCCUUUAGAGGGCGGAGAUCCUUUUCGUAUCACUUUCGAUCCAGUAUUAGAUAUGAAAGUUACCUCUGGAUCUGCUGAGUUCCAAGACGUAGGCAAAGUUGAACUGGAAAGGUUAAAGGAUGGUUCCUUGGUGGCAACUAUCCCAGCAUCAAAAGUCCCUGGGGAGGUAACAGUGGUAGUUGAAUCGCAAGUCGGCGGGUAUCUAGGAAAAACCAAAUUCAGGUACUAUGCCGAUGGUGUAGAAGAGGUUCUCGAACAAAUAGCUACGAACGAAAACCUACAGAGGAGGCUUGGUAAAAAGUUGUAUACCUACCAUUCGGGAGGCAAUCGUACAAACACGCCCAAUACCGGUAGUGUUGGAUUUACACAACCGAGUUCCUCUCAAAAUGCUUUGGCUGCUUUCAAGGAGAAUACGUCAAUACAAGGGUUAACUGCCAGAGAUCAUGGCAGCGGAGAGUCUGCAAAUGACCUUGAAGAUAUGCAAAGUACUCAAGAUUGCCCUCAAGACGUUGUUCAGUUGGAAGUUGCAACAUCUGCUGAAAAAGUUAGAGAAGAUCUUUCAGACUCGAUUUCCAACGGACAGGACAUUUGGCGGAGAAGCGAUCCUCUACCACCAGACCGUAACCGAGGCACUAUGUACCUGUUUGAAAUAAAGAUUUGUCAAGAGGUGAAGUUUUUACAUCUUGGCGCGGCAUCCCUUCUCACAUCCUUUGCCAAGAUGGAAAAGCUCUCUUUUGUUAUAACAUUCUGGAGCUCAUUGUCCAGGGAACUGAUGGUACCUUUGCCAUCAGUACAGAGCUUAUAUCGUCUAGAUGAAGGUUAUCGCGAAGAAGAGAACUCUGCCAAGGUGAGUGAAGAAAUAUCCGCCAAUCUACAUACCAACCAGUCAAAAUUAGCGGACCCUUCUAGUAGCAAGAAGAUUAGUCCAGGAGCUGAAAAUGUCAGCGACAAUGAUAAAGACACGCCCGUUUUGAAAGACCUUUGGAAACCCCCUGGACAACUGAAAGUCGGUCGAAGCAGGAUUGGCUUUCCUGAUUGUCGCGAUGACCACUUAGUGAAACUGUUGGUUUGCAAGAACCAACAUACAACAGAAGCACUCGACAUCACAGAUAAGUACGAGAUAAAAGUGUCGGUAAGCUACGAUGAAACUCCUGAAAAUAGUCUGAAUCAACCUGAUUAUCAGUAUAAACGGAUUAAAAGCGAAGUUAAAAGUAAGAAGAAGUCACCUUUGACCGGAGUUGUUGGUUACCAUUUCCGCUUCCACGAGCAGAACACAAAAUACAGCGUCAAGUUCUCUUUGAACUUGCGUAUGGCGACACAGCGAGGAGAAGUAAAACAAUCAAAGAAUUCGUCAACUUAUAAAACGAUUAGCGAAGUUUUAGUCACUCUUGAAACUGGGGCUAGAGAAAAGAUGAAGGAGGCCAAGAUUGUUUCGCCAUCUUUCGUAAUGAAGAAGGCUUCUCUGUCAAGAGACAGUAUCAAAGUUUAUAAAAGGUCCUAUCUGUUGAUGAAGAAGUUACAACUACUCUGUGACAAUGGAAAGUGGGACGAUUUUGACAAUUGCGUACGAAAUCUGUUGCUGCACAUCACUGACAUCGACACAAGAAUAGUUAUCAAACUGGAACAAAGUGUAGUAGCCCUUUUCCAAAACAAAUUAAAGCUCUCACGUAAGUUGAUCAAAGAGUCUCUCCGCAUGAUUCCUCUGGCUAAAAACCCGCACCUUUUAGCAGGAAGAGGUUACAGGUAUCUAGCUCGACUGAUGCGACUGACAAACAGGUUGGGAGAGGCUGACCGCCUUCUGCAAUUUGCAGAACAGAUAAAUUCCUGGUUUCCCACGAGUUUUGACACAAGUCUCACACUUUACGAAAGAGGAAGCGUCUUGGUCAACUUUAUUGCUCUUGCGCCUCAGAGAAGCCCCAAGCAAGUGUCGAGCGCCAUGGACCACCUGAAUAGAUGCGUAGAAGUAUGUCUGCAUCUAGAGACGGAAGACGAUGGCCUCUCUCUGAAGAUGAAGCAUUUUUCCCUGAUAAAAUUAGCAAUGCUCUCGCUUGACUGCCGGACCAGGAACGCACGGGUACGGGGUGUAAGCGAAAAAUGUAUUGCGAGAGCGCAGCAUUGUUUGGGCACAUUGGAGAUGAAAUACUGGCCUGAACUUAGCGCGGGUGUUAGAAUUCAGUACAAUCUAGCUAAGUCAGAUCUGGAAUUCCGAAAAGGCAACUACGAGAUGGCACUAGAAAGCGCAGAAUUAGCAAUGAGGCUCGCGAAAACGUGGAGUUUUCACAUAGAUAUUUCUCACGCUGAGGAACGCAUCUGCAACUUGAGGGUUAAAGAUGGUGGUGCAACCAACAUCACACCUGAACUCAAAGAGAUCAGACUCUGAUCGGCUUGGGCCCCUUUGCUAAACGACAUUACCUGCUGAAAAAAGGGAAAAUGGCUCCUAACAAAGUUACUUUCUUCACCAACAUUGUCAUCAUAAUCAUCGUUGGUGUCUUCUAUUUACGGAGGUCUUUGAAGGUUUUGCAGCGAAUUGGUUGUGAGUUCGUAUAGAAUGCAUCCUGUAACAUAGACUGAUAUGAAACAAAACAAUGAUAAUUCACAUUACAAUGAUUUUGUAGAUCCAAUUGAGCCAGUUAUAUAAGAAGCAAAUGCCUGAGAGAUUAUUCUGAAGCAGAUUAUCAAAUUACCUCAAAUUCAAACUUCUUAAGAACUUCAAAAUGAGUUUCAGAUGGAUGACUUAUUUGAAACUAUUGUUUCAUUAUCAAAGUAUUUAUCCAUGCUUUUAAAGCAAUGGAAAAGGUAAUUUCAAAUCAUUUAGAACUCAGAGAUAUGUCACAUAGAUAUGAUCUAGACGAAGACACCAUUUGAUUGAUUACGGUGUUUAGUGGAACAUAUGCUCCUAUUCAACAAGCCUUCGGAAUUAAAAAAAGUACAAACUAGAUUAUUCGGUAAAAGCAGUUGAUAUCAGUGCUUUAUUAUAGUUUACAGCGAAAUGGGGAUUAUUUCCUCUCGUACGAUAGGUUUAAUUGCAAGCAGGAUAAGUUUGAUAGGCUUACCUUUUCGCAAGCUGCUUUAAUAAGUCAGUAAAUUGAGAGGCGCCUUACGCAGUCACUUCUCGUGAUUGAAGGAAAAAAAAAUGCUUUCCCUAGCAUAUAUUUGAAUUAGCUUUAAUUAUAUUUGAAUUAGCUUUGAAUUAGCUCACGGGGGAAUCUUUGAUUUGACCUCAUGACUAACUGCUUGAUGCAAAGUCAAUCCUAGCAGAGUGUCUGUUAGGACUCCGCUAGUGGCACGGCAGUUCAAGUUUCAAACUUCGCAAUCUGUUAGUAAAAUUGUGUGCUUGAGAUUACCAUUGCUUUCGCCAAUAGCUUUGAUAAUAUCAUCAUAAAGUGUGAAGUUAGCUGUGAUUUGGUAAUUUUUUACUUUUCGAAAUUUUGUGAAGAUUUUGAAUAUAUAGCCCAAAAGUUUUUUUUAAGGUUUGGCAAUCACAACGAGUUUCCUGAUUUUUGAUUGAUUUGUCCAGUUGUCAGAUUAUUCGAACCUGACUUUCGUUCCCCAAAAGUAUGCCCAGUUGUUUACGUUUAUGAUUCGAGAGCCUGCAAGGCCACGUGCGCAGUUUUUACCUUUAAGUGUGAUGUCAAUAUUUGAUUAUUAAACAGUAGCAUCCAUUAGUGGGCGUGCCGGCUUAAUUUGCCAGCUAACCUUGAUUAGGUCUACAGUGAAGUUCUUGUUUUGGCUUUCGCAGUCAAGAAUGGAUUGUUUUAUUGGAAGCACCAACUAAGUUGUUGUUCAUUUAUGAGGGUAAAUACAUCGCUAAGUGUUUUGAUUAGAGAUGUUUAGUCGUCAGGGCCAGUUGGCCGCGAGCCCACUCACGCCUAACUAUGAUUUAAGUGUAAAAGCAUAUACGAAGAAGAAGAAGAAGAAGAAGAAGAAGAAGAAGAAGAAGAAGAAGAAGAAGAGAAGGAAAGGAAAGAAGUUAAUCUUUUGUUAGUAGAAGUUCUGUUACGGGAAAAUUUAAUGCUUCCUUGUGGUUGUUUAAACAUAUUUAUUCGUCGUUUUCGGUAUUCUAGCCGUUCUCAAUUCACACGAGUUUCUUUCAUUGUAAUGUUUUAAAAAAGUAUAGAAAAAGCCACAGUAGUUUUCUGAAAUAGAUUUGUCAUGUUACUUUGUCUUCGUUGUGCAGCUGUCUGUCGGUCAUUUUUUUCGUUCGAUUCUGGUGAAAUUUUAGGUGAAUGUAAGCUUUAAUGAUCUUUUUGGCAAAAUUGGUUUGACAACUGUUGUCACGCUGUAAUUAGUACCCGCUUUUGUAUUACAUCAUACAGUAAAUAUUUUAUUCAUUUACUUGUCUG